AUGUUUGCCUUAUGUCAGGCGUCUGAUCUCAGAUAUCUUAUGACAGAAGUCCGAUGUCAGACAUCUGAUGUCUCAUGUCAGAUCUCUGAAUUCAGAUGUCUGGUGUCAGACAACUGAUGUUUGUUGUCUGAUGUCAGGUCUCUGAUGUCUGAUGUUAGAUCUGUGAUGUCUGAUGAUUGAUAUCAGACGUCUCAUGUCUCAUGUCAGACAUAGGAUGUUGGUUGUCUGAAGUCAGACAUCCGACGUUAGACCUCUCAUGUGUGUUGUCUGAUGUCAGAUAUCUGAUUUCAGACGUCCGAUGUCCGAUGUCAGACGUCCUUCGGCCUUGUCCAACUUUGGCUGUCCUAGGAAUUUUUUUCCAUCCAAUCAUUUCCAAAUUGGACUGCAUGUAGUCCUAUUACAUAUACAAAGUGUUUUGUUGUUAGUGCAUUCGUGUACUGUGUAGUUAACAAAAGUGAAGAUACAAUCACAUCCCAAGGCAACGACUUUGUGGCCAGUUGUUUUACAACGGAAAAAACAAUAUACCUCUUUCUAGAUAUUACUUGACUGAGACAAAUAUUUUGCUUCGAUUGGCUAAACAAAGUCUCACAAGGAAAUGUAUUGUCUGUAGGGUUAUUUUUAUGCUCAUUUCCCCAUUGGAAGUAAGUAUUAAACUCAACAAAUAAUUUUAGCAAUGAUGGCAGUCUUGGGAAGAGAUUUUCCAGAAUUAAAAAAUGAAGGACACUACAAUUAAACGUUGCAAAAAAAAUUAACGGUCUCCCGCGCAAGUUAUGCUUGGUUUGCGAACCCAUCACCUUGCAAAUCAAGUCAACAUCUUAUUUAAGCAUUUUAUUAUAAUCAUUCAGUGCUAUUUAGUUGGUAUUUGACAACAAUUCAUAGUUGGCGUCCCAGACAGAGAAAUUGCCCCAUGUUGAGUAAUCCAAGACACUCUUGAAGUCGGGAUUUUCUCCGGCGCCUGUGUGUUGUGCUCCACGCCCGCUUCACACUGGGCAAACGCGAAAAAAUAAAAUAAGCCCAAUUUUUCAGGCUAGUUUUCCGCAGAAAGGUAGGGAAAAAGUCUUGUUGGUCACAGCUUCUUCUAUAUGUUAAUAUUCUAAAUCUCUAUACUAUUCCAAAUCCAGGAAAUCAUUGCUUGUGGAAUCCCGAAUCCUGGGUUUUGGAAUCCGCCAUCCAGCUCAAGGAAUCCACCGUCUCGCUAACGAUUGAAAUUUGGAAUUCAGUCCCUAGAAUGUGGAAUCCAAACUUGCAUAUUGACAGUUGUCUGGACCAAACGAGGUGGUACGAAAAAAUCUAUUCUCGAGCGGGAGAGGACUGAGUUAAUCUAGUUUGGGCAAAGGGUAGGUGUGGUUAUCUCGGAGGAGUCGCCUGUUACGAGACCUUGGGACUGUACAAUAAUUACCUGGAAGGAGGGGUCUGGGAAAUAGGUGAAAUAUGCUCCAAAACUAAGUCAUACCCGCCUAACAUUAAGCAAAAAUUCAUUUCAACCCCACCUCACUGUUAAUGGUAAUAUUAAGGCUAACCCUCCCCCCCCCCUUGAAAAAAGUCUCCUCCCGGUGAUUCCCUCUUCUUGUUGUCAUUUUCUCCUAUGCCCCCCUCUAAUUUUCCAACCCCCCCCCCCCUCCAGGUAAUUAUCGCACAGUCCCUUACAAGACAUCAAUUCAUUUAUUUUAGUUUUUAUUUUAUUUUUUAUUUUAUCAAUUAAUUUAUUUUAGUGUUCCCACUUAGUGGUUAUACACCGCUAUUACAGUUCUGACACUUUAAUAAAGGUAUCAUCAUCAUCAUCAUCACGUUCAUGAAAGAACUUGGAGACAAAUUGUGACUGAUGGGAGAGAACAGAACGAAGUAAUGUAAUUAGAGCGGUUUUCAUUUGAGUGUCGAAAAGUAAUUGGUUUUGCACUUUCUACACGAUGCGAUUGGCUUAAAAGAUAGCGCGGUGGAAAAGUAGGUUAGUCUUCAUUUUGGUUUCGGAAUUGUGACGCGCUCGCAUGCAUUUUCCCGCGCUUUACGUCAGCCACAUGUAUAUUACUUCGAGUUUUGAUUGGUUCAAUGUAUUGUCUGUGUCCUAUGUGAUUGGCCAGAGUAAUUACUUUGGUUUUGGUUUUACGACACUCAAACGAAAACCACUCUAAAUAACAAACUACAAAACAUAUACAGUAACGAAAAAAACAUCAAAGGUACUUUCAAAGUAUAAUCAAUGGAAAAUGCUUUACUGAGAGGCUGUUUUAAAUAUUUAAUCUUCACUGACAACUGCCAGGCUUGUAAGAAAAAAUAGACAACAAUAAUGAAGUAGAAGUACUCGCCCUGUCAGUUGAGCUUUGAACAGUUUCACGAAAUUUGAUUACAGCAAGGAGCCCAAAAGUGUGACCUCCUAAUGUACAUUCUUUCAUUAAGGCAUUAUCCAAUCAGAAGUCGAGGACAGUUUCCAGCUGGCUUCUGAUUGGAUUUAAUCUGCACGAAAGAAUGUAAAUAAAUAAAAAGCGGUCACACUUUUGGGCUCCUUGCUGUAAUAGUAAAUGAGAGUGUGAAAAAUGUUUGACGGUUAUUAACUGUAAAAACAACAACAACAACAACAACAACGCGUACUGAUGCUGUCGCUCGAUCCGGUCUCUCACUGACUCUUCUGGGUCACAGUUCGUGCACUAUCGUAAGGGAACACGUCUUCUUGCUUACAUAUACUUUUUUCCUUCCGCCGAUGCUGGUUAAUAAUAUUUAUCGCUCAAGCAAAACCUAGUUUCUUUUAGGUGUAUAUAAUAAUGGGUUCUUUUAAUCUAUUUAAAGUGUUUUAUUUAUUUUUACCCGAAGAUAUUAGUUCCUGAUAGUGUAAGUUAUUCAGUCUGAAAUUCGAGAGUAAAAAAAAAUGUAUCAUGUAUGUAUUUUAGCCCUGGCCUGGCUUAAUGUUUUAAUUUUAAGCUUCAGCGAAGAAACAAUAACAGUCAGGAACUUAACAUAGAAAGUUUAUAUUCAUAGACUAUUGCUGCUGCAGAUCCAUUACAUUUUUAACUUUUCACUUGUUAUAUUUCAAUUUCAUCUUAUUUACAGUCUUGAAAUUGUUUGGAAUUAACGUGGAAAGCAGCGAGGACAUAAUUUUUUUUUUAAUUUUUUCUUUAUUUAAAAAAAAAAAUAAAAAAAAAAUAAAAUAAUAAAGAGAGGACAUAAUGGCCAUAAGAACAACUGUGUUUAACAGGAAUUUAGAACAACGGGGCAUUAGUCCCGUUAAAAAUGUCCAUAAGUCGGUGGUGGAGCACAACCUGGGUAUGAAAAACAGUUUAUAUUGUUAUAUUUUUUUGGUUUGUGGACUUAUUAGUGCCCGCUUAAGUAGGUCACUUACGAACCCGUAAUGCAAUGGGUACACUUACGGGUGUUGCAAGGAACGCACUUAGCACUUUCGUAAGUUUCUUUUUUCGUGGUAACUUACGGGCUCACUUAAGGGCACACGUAACUUUGUUUAACAUUUUUACUUUUAAGCAACUUGGGUAAGAAUUUUGAAGAGGCAGUUGAGGGCCUGACGCCCUGGAGGUAUUGUGCACAGUUUUAUUAUUAGUAAGGGGAUGGGAUAUAGACAUAUCUUAUCCCCUAAAAAUUUUUUUACCUGUUGGGAUUUCCUAGCCGAAAGUCUAGUGAUCCGAAAAUUAUAGGGAUCAAAACUUACCUUUUCGAAAAUUUCAACCAGAAAAAGGGCUCCCGAAAAUUAUAGGUGACCCUUUUAGGGUUAAAAUCCGUUAAAAAUGGGCAAUUACACCAUUUUUUAGAUGUACGAAAAUCCUAGGAGAGGCAGACAAGUAAGAAAUUUUACAACAAAUGUUCCGAAAAUUUUAGAUCUCAAAUCGUCUUCCGAAAAGAUAUUUUCCAAAAAUUGGCGUUAGGUGUCCCUGUUUUAUUAGUGCCCCCUUCUCUCCCCCCCCCCCCCCCCCCCCCCCCCCCCCCCCCCCCCCCCCCCUCAUCUCCCUCCUCUUCUCCGAUCCCACUCCCCUCCACCUCCCCGAACUACCAACAACACACACAGCGCCUCCUCACUUACGCAACCCCCCCCCCCCCCCCCCCCCCCCCCCAAUUUCACUGCUGUUCUGAUGUGUGACAUUUCUGCAGUAAAAACUGCAUCCGAUAAACUGGAAAAAAAAGAAAGAGCUCUUCGCCUCGUGCUUAAAGACAAAAGCAUUUCUUACUCGGAAUUGUGAAACUAGGAAUCAUGAAGAUUGCCAACUGUGUCUUUAAGGUGCAGAAAAUGGGUAGCAAGAACAUUCCCUCAACUCUAUAAUUAGUUGCUCAUUUGCAUUAUUAUCUAUUUUUUUAAUUUCUUAUCUUUAUCCCUAGGUGCUUAAUUUUAUUAAGCCCACGUAGCGAAAUGAAGAAAAGAUUGUUUUUUUCCGAGCAGAACAAUUGGAAAAACGGUUCACCGAUAGAGGAAAAUCGCCGUUGCUAGCGGACAGAGUACGGCGCAGUAUUAGAAAAUUCAACCUUGGUAAGUGACAAGAAUACAGCUAUUUUAUUUGUUGUCCACGUUAGUGUAAACAUAAAAAAUAACGCCGAAAAAGACACGACUUUGUCUGGGUGGCCAUGUGAUUUCCUUCCGAAUAAAACCUUGAGUUGCAUUUGGGUUGCCAUACCUGUUGAUUGAGUCAUUUUACAUUGGUAUACCUGUGGUGCAGACGGACGGACGCUCGCUUGCUCGGUGUAGGGUCACAUGAUUACCAAAUUUUCUCGGAUGGGUAGAUUUCCACAUUUCCUUAGCUAUGGGGCUCCGCCGACGGGCGGCGCUCCGCUAUAAUGUGUGUUUUACUGCUAACGAGGCCAACGAGGCAACCGAGCGAAGAAGCGAGGUUGAGUCGGCUGCAGAAUUAUGUCGCCGCGCAAUGUAGGAAAAAACUCUCAAAUUCUGCGUAGCCCUCUAAAAUUUGCAUUUUUGACCAUAUUUGGGUGAAAGUAAGACCCCAUAUUUGGGUAGUGACGUCAUGGUCUUGUAUCUACAACUUGUGGUUCAAGAUUGGGUGAUUCAUUGUGCAGCUGGUGGUUGUCUGUUCAAGAGGACCUAACUGGUGAGCAAGCUUUAAUACGAUUUCUAGUUUGAUAGGGUAAUUAGUGAUCUGGUGUGCUUUAUAAAUUGUGUUUAAAGCAGCAGCUGAUCAAGGAAUAGGGUUUUACGCUCAAAUUUUUGUCAGAACUGGUUUGUUCUUUGCAGCUCGAUUUAUUUUGAGGUAGCGUGUUCGCUUCUCGACUCAGGAGCAGGGUUUUCAGUGUUGUCUUUUCCUUUGUGAACUGAAUUUUAAGCGGUAGUUGAUCAAGGCAUAGGGUUAUAUUCUCAAAACUUGUAUCAGAACCAGCGUGUUCUUCGCAGGUCGAUUUACAUUGAGCCAGUCCUCACCUCCCGUGAGGAAUGCAACGUAUUUGCGAACCCUUUUUUAAAAAUUUAUUUAUGUUUUUCGAGAGAUUUUGUCAACCAGCAUGUUUUUUUGCUGCUCGAUUUACAUUGAGACAGUCCAAAACUCCCGUGAGGAAUGCAACGAAUUUGCGGACCUUUUGUUUUUCAGACUAUCAUUAUGCAUUUCAAGAGACUCUUUGUCCUGUGACACUCGCUUCUUAAAUCUUUAUAUUUUAUUCAAGUUUAUAUUUUUAUACCUCUAAUACAUUCCGCCCCAUUCUUGCGCGCUUUUCACACAUUUCAUUUUACACCAAUUUUUUUCUUAUGUAUAUUACCACGCAAAGUAUUUUUCUUAUCCCUGAUGACGCUGUUGCUCGGACUUUAAUUAAUAUUUUUAAUUUCAGCAGUCAAAGGCCUCAUUUGAACUAUAUUUUCCUUUCUAAAGUUUAUAGCUUUGAUACAAUGGAAUCUUCCAUGAAAGAUAAGUGCUAACUUGCUCAUAUUUACCAACAAAGCUUCAAGCCAUGCUGUUAUUGUUUAAUAAAAGUGAAAGCCUAGAAUGUGCCAAAGUUGUUGGUUUGAAGUUGGGUGCCAUCCUUUUCUAGAAUUAUGAAAGAGGAUCUGAACAGGCACAUUCCACAAAAGAUAAACGAAUUCGUCUCGUUGGCACUUGCCGGAAGGUACCCCUAGUUUAAUUACUUAUUUUGUUUUGCUUUGUGUGUUGCUUCGCUACUAUUUUUUUCUGCCACCACUGUGUUAAACACGUCAUUUUAUAGCUAGCCGCUAGCACGAAAACUCUUUACGCCACCAACUCUCUCUCCUAAUAUGUUUACUAAGGUGAUGUUUCGAAUUUUGCUAUUUUUUCAGGAUCGAAAAGAAAAGAACAGCAGAGAUUGCUCUCGCCAUCGGGCUUAAAAAAACCAAAAAGAUGCAUUUUCAUCAGGGGGGCAUUUAUGAAACCCGAAACCCUGCGGUUAUUGGAGUAAGGUAAUUAUAUCUAAAAACAACAGACUUGUCAAGGCGUAAGAAAAGCACUUAUAUAGGGCAAGUUAACUUUCUACACAGACUCGUAAUAUGAAUGAUUUAAUAGACGCUCGGGACGUUUAUUUAAUUUUAACGGUUCAAGAGUGGGCGUUUGAUAAAUUAAAGAGGUGGAAAAAAAGAGGGAGGCGCAUAUUCUCGAAGCUGCUGUAACAAACUCAACAAAACUACCAUGCUUCUGCUGAGAAUAAUAAAAUGAGAACAUAUCGGAAAUUCAAACGAUAGAAAAUCACAAAUGUGAGGAUUACCUCCGCCAGAUCACCAACAUCCGCCACAGAAUGACGUUAACAAAAUUGAGAUUAAGCAACCAUAUACUCACCAUAGAAACGGACCGAUAUUUAAAACCUUAUAAAAAACCUGAAGAAAGAAUGUGUCUAGAUCUUUUUGGCUGCUGUUUACGACAGCAAGGUGAAAGAGUUGGAUUGUGUAGCCAAAUCAGAUCGAGAAAGAGACACCUUUAAGCUAUUUUCAGCUUUAUUAGCUUUCGUAUCACUGAGUAAUACUUCUGAGGACUUUGACCUGACUUCUCUGCAAACAUUUUUUUAGCCUUUCACGUUCGCAAACAAUUUUUUUCAAUAUUUCUAAUUUCCCCCUCCAGAAAAAUAAUGGUUCGUCCUUUACGAUAUUCUUAUGCCCGAAAAGCAUCAACUCUUUUGGUGGAUCAUUUACAAGAACAUUUUUUGUAGUAGGAAAAUGGCAUUUUUUAUGCCAUUAAAAUUCUUAUCUACCCUAUGUCAUUAAAUCUCCUUACAAAACGUUUAGUAGGAAGUGUUAUAAUAAAAGCAAGUUAACAUUUUUCUUAUUUCCAGCGUCGGACAAAUCACUGCUGCCCCAGAGCGUGCUCGAAGGUAAAGUAUGCCAAAUAACACUUUCCGAAAUCAACUUUUUAGAGUUUCUAAAUCAUUGCACUAAUUCGUUUGGUGUAUAUACUUAAACGCUACAUACAGGCAGUUUCAACAACAACAACAACAACAACAACAGCCAACCAUUUUAUUUUUCCAGCUGUUCUCUCGUCCGCAUUCAAUGCAAAACUUCAUCAUUUUGAGAAACAUCCAAGCCUCUUUCACUCUUUCAAGAAAAUGUAUUGUCUGUAGGGUUAUUUUUAUGCACAUUUCCCUAUUGGAAGUAUCUAUUGAACUCAACAAAUAAUUUUAGCAGUGAUGGUGGUCUUGGGAAGAGAAGGAUGAGUAAUGGAAACAUGAAAGAAAAGGGAACAAAACUGAGAAAUGGAAAUGAAGUUUCUGAUUUUCUACCAAAACAGCUAUUUGUGCUUGCGCGCCAUUGUGAUCUAAUUGUCACCACCAUUCAUCUUGUCAACUUGCUCUUCUAGUGGCCCCACAAAUUUUACAUUUUCCCCCUUUGAGUAACUCUCCACGUAAAGAAGUUGUUUCUGGAGCUCGCAAACAUCCUGUUGUUACCUUUUGUUUUCAAGUUUUAAGUCGAGUAUGUUGGAUACUUUCUUUUAAUUCACUGAUCGUUGCGCCAAGCUGUUUGGACUUUGUUUUGAGAUCUUCGACUUCCGAAUCUAGCAAGCAUUUUCUUCAAUGCUUGCUAGUGUUAGUGUGCAUCUGGCUCAAGCGGCUUUCAAUAGUAUCAAGCUUUUCUAAUUUUUUAACUACAGCUUCAAGCUUCGACCCUACGCCCUCUGCCAUUUCUAAAGCUUCGAAGACUUCGUUAGUCUCCGAAGCAGUUGAGUGUGCCUUCGCUUCGUCUUUCGAUUCUUUUUCAUCUGGAGAUGGCAAAGAGUCUUUGGAAGCUUUGACCGGUUUCUGCGUUGGCCCAGCAUUAAAAAAACUAUAAAUUUUCCGCGACGAUUGAGGGAGCUCGGCGAAACACGUUUACUCUCCCAUGUUACCGGUCCCCAUCCUUGAGAAACUUGCUCUUUCACCUCGUUCAGUGCAUCAGUCUCCACUUCAAAUCAACAGAUCUUUACUUAUUUUGUACAACGAAGGUCUUUACUUAGUUCCUGCUACCAAUUGAAUCUCAAGCAGGCUUUCAAAGUAAAGAAUUUGGUUCCUAUGACUAUGCACUACCGUCGCUGUCACUGGUCGCGUGCUCUUUAUCAAGUCUUAGUGCGCUUGCUCAUGCAAAAAAAGAUCCCUGUUAUCUGUUAACGGUCUAUUUUUUCAUACACCAUAGGGGGGAGGGGGUGGGGUAAACAGGUGCAUUAUGGCCUAUGUGAAAAUGGUGAAUACAAUGAUUUCACGCAUUUAAAUUCUGGUUUAAUGAUUCGUGCUUUAACGUUUAUUUUGCAGAUUCUCUUAAGGAAGAGGAACAAUUGAAGUCAGAAAUUUUAAAAUUAAAAAAAAAGAAAACUGGAGCUUGAAAUAGAAUGUGUGUAAUAUUUGUUUUUUAAAACGGGAUAAAGUGUUGUUGUUCUUUAAUUGUUGUUGUCAAGAUUUAUGGACGUAUAAAUUGUAGCCUAUCUUCUUUUUUAGAGGCAACAGCAACAACCACAACAACCACGGGAGCAAAAAGACCAGUUGAAGCAAAAGGAGGUAGAGUACACAGUUAAAAAAUCCCUGAGUUCGCUUUUAGUUGGAAACGUGACAUAAAAAGUCGGUCACAUAAAGUAGAUUCAAAACAACAACCACACGAACAACGAUACAAACAGCAAACUGAACAACACGUGUAGCCGAAGCAAGGAGGCAAAGUAAAGUAACUAUACAGUUGCAAGUGAUUCUUUCUGAGUUCGCGUAGUUUUGGACACUUGAGGAAAAAAUUCAUACAAGGCAAAACGGAGGUACAAGUAAGGAAGAGGCUACCUAAAAAGCAUUAAUUGAAAAGGAAUAAGAUAAAAUUAAGUUGUAAUAAAGGUUAUGUAAUAAUCUUUAUACCUUUUUGUAGCGUGAAGUCUACGAAUCGGAGUUUAGCCAAUUUUGUGUACAUAGGAGUUUCUUUUGAGCUCAAAUAGAAACUUACCAUCCCACAAAACAAUCGGUGACCAAUCCUGACCAGCCAAUGUCACAGUAAAUUAUUCUUUUGUUACGAAGUUGAAUUUUUCGAUGAGUUGGUAUUCCCCGGCGGACCACAAUACUCUUCAGGCUCACAGUUCAAACUACAUAACCAUUUUAGUUCCGUACGUCUCUGAUAACGAAAACAAAUAGGAAAACAUAUUUAAGUCAUCUUUGAUGAAAUAUAGCGUGUGGAAUUUUCAUGAGCAAUUUCUUAUCUUCUUUUUUUCAGAAAUCAAUGAGGAAAGAAUUGAAGGUAAAGUAUUCAAUCUUUUAUCUCUCUCUCCUUAACUGCCGACUAGUACACUGUCGAUAAGGUUUGCUAAAAGUUCUGCUCAUGGAGGAAGAAAAUGUCUGAUAAGCAGUUUUGGUUAAUCUGAAAUUAGCGAAGUAUUUGUCGAGCCGAAGCCAGUUCAAGGUACCCUCACCAAAGGCAGAGGCAGCAGAUAUAUAAAGAGUUACAACAACAACAACAACAACAACAACUUUAUUGUACCCAAAGCAGAAUAUUAUAGUUAUUUACCAGGCGCUGGAGGAAAAGGCACGGAAAAAAAACGCCUUUACUGGAGGCUAGCUCUCUACUGAAAGAUGUGGCCGGAGACUUUUCUUUUUCCCGGGUUCAGUCCUGAUGUACAGAAGGAUUUUCGCUUGCCUUCGUUUCAUGAAAAAUGCGAAAACUUAAUAAAUCUUGUUAUGCUAGCAUAUGAGAGCAUCCAGUAUUUCCGGCUCUAGUCCUAGUUCAGGGGCGGAUCCAGGAUUUUUUUUAGGAGGGGGUGCACUCGUCUCUUGCUCUACUUCAACACCAAUAAACCACAUAGUUUUUGUUGCUUUUUUGCAGAAUACCAAUUGUAUUAGAAAACCGCAGGUCAUCUCAGGGGAGGGUGCGCACCCCCUGCACCCUCCCCCUAGAUCCGCCCCUGUAGUUUCACCCUCCGAGAGGGUGAGAGGGGACGAUUAGAAAUACGUCUGAGGCUCACAGGGUACUGAUAUGCAGGCUGUAGGUUUGGAAAGCUCGGUUUACCUGGCGUGCUCGUAAUGCUUAAUAAAAUUGUGUUUUUUUUUUCACUCCUAAUCCACGUCUUUGUCAAGCAGAUGAAAUCCCCUUCCUAUCACCAGUGCCUCCAGGCUACCCAGAGAUCACACUCCGUGAAAGCAUCGCUGGUAUUAUUUCUCUUUCUCUCUUUUCAUUUAUUAUCAUUUAUAUAUAAAAUGUUUUGCUGUUAGUGUGUUAGUGUACUGUGUAGUUAACAAAAAUGAAGAUACAAUCACUUCUCGAGGCAACAACUAUUUUUGCCCCGGAGGGUACUUUAGGACUUUUUGGGUGGGGAUGUGCCGCUGGAACCCUGGAACCCUUAGCCUAUACCAGAGUUAGUGCCUUAUACUAGACUAAACUCGCCAAAACCCCCCUAUCCUAGAAUAGCUGUUUUCCAGAAACAACUAAGGUCACUGACACAGUCCAGCCAAAACAAUACCGAUUUGAUUAUUUUAUAUUUUUGAGUGGCAAUUCCCGGUUUCCCUAGUCUAGACUAAAAUCUUCAGCUAAUUGAUCAGUUUAAAUGGAAAAUAAUACCCUCUUCUAGACCCAAACUCUCUGAUUCAUAUACCCUGUCCCAGAGUAAACUUCUUGAAACCAUACCCUUGACAGCGGCACAUACCUAUAUGGCACUACCCCCCCCCCGGGGGGGUUUGCCAGUUGUUUUACAAGAGGCAAAACGAUAUACCCCUUUCUAUAUAUUACUUCUUAAAUUCAAAUAUGUAUUCAUGCAGAUCAGUUUUCUAAUCGAAAUAUAUGAAAAGCUUGAAGUAUAGCCGAAUUUGCGAAAAUGCAGGAAUUCUCCAACGUCCCCAAAGAGUUGUUUGUUGUAUGAUACGUUGUAAAUCAGCCAAGUUCUUGCAGGGAAUGACAGAAAAUGUUCUUUCGUUUCGCAUUAUCCCUUGAAACCUCGUGAAUGAUUGUGCAUGUAGCAAAUAAAGAAACACCAAAAAAAUCGUUGUCAACCUGCUCGAAAGUUCCUUUCGUAUAAAAUUUUCUAAAAAGCAGGUAGAACUUUCUGCAUCGAAGUUACCAGCAGACCACUCCGUGUAUAUAAUAAUGUUGAAAAGAUAUUUAUCAAAAAAGGUAAAAACCCAAUUGAAAAUCUUCGUCUUUUUCCUGUAAAGGCUAAAAUCUAGCCCUAAAUCCCUAAGAAGCUUAGGGGUUCCAUUUUUUUUUCUAUUACUUUCACUUCGUAUGUGUUGCAAAAUGACGGAAUGACCUCUAAUGUUUUCUUGUUCUUAGAUUACGAAAAUUAGAAGAGGAUAAUAAGCAGUUAAAUGAACACCUUAACGGCAAGUUGCAUAAUAGUAUAGAAACUUAGAAUAUCAACAUUUACAGCGAACAGUAAACGUGAGAUACAAGUUUUAAAAUUUUUAAAUUGGGAAUGAACAAAUAAAAACUAUCCAAAAUAAAAACCGUUGAAGUAAAUAAAAACAGUUAAACAACGUUUAAAGCUGCCCGUGAGGUGAGGAGGUUUCAUGAGGUUUAACCUGAGUCCGUGUUUAGACAAGGUUUAAGCAAGGUUACGGAAGAGCAGUAUUUAAAUAGGGAUUCACAGUUGAAACAUGGUUAGAAGAUGACUUUUAUUAAUGCUGUCUUAUAGUAGUUUAAAUAACCGGCCCUUUACAAUCGCUUUUGUUUUAGCGCGUUGUUGCUGUUUAUCACCUCGGUUAAAAGUCACCAGGCGAUUUGGCAUUUUUUCUAUGACCUUCACUUCGUAUGUGUUGCAAAACGACGGAAUUCCCUGUUAUGUUUUCCUGUUCUUAGAUUACAAAGACAGAGUUUUGAAAUUGGAAGAGGAAAACCUCGAAUUAAAAAGAUCAUAUGAACAUCUUAUGGGUAAGUUGGGUACUGAAUAGUAUAGAGAUUUAGAAUAUUAACAUUUACAGCGAACAGUAAACGUGAGAUGCAAGUUCAAAAUUUUCAAACUGAUUUGGAAUGAGCAAAUAAAAGCCGUCCAAAAUAAUCUGAUGGAUACAUGAGACAAAAACCAACUUAUUUCUGUGCAAAUAAUGAAUAACGAACAACAAGUGAAAGGAAAAGUUGGUCACGCGGUACAACUUGACAAAAUCAUGACUUUAAAUCUGUCUUAUGACAAACAUCAACAUUACAC